AUGCAGUUUUAUUGUAUUCUACAAUUUCCCUGAGAUUGUUUUAGGGGGCCAAGUCAUGAAAAAUGCUAACAUUGUGUUGAAACCUAAAUGUUUGGCCCCACAUGGUAGCAAUCUAAUGAUUGGAAAAACAAUCAGUGUCCUUCCUCUCCCUCAGAGCAAUGUAUUUAGAGAGUUUUGGGCCAAUAUGAAUAUUUGUUCUAAUUUUAGACAUUCAGUUACAUUGCAUUGCUUAAUAUCCCCCAUGUAAUGUUAAUUGGGAGCUAACAUGGCUGCCAUAGAAUGUUGUAGUGCCAUGUAAAUGAAUCAUAAUGCAGAAAUGUCAAUGUCCUAGCUCUCUAAAUAUAUGGCUCUCCCUCCCUGGUCCAGUGAGUUCUGCUCCAAGGUAAAGAACUCCAUCUAUUGUAACAUCGAUCCGUCAGACUCCAACAUGCUGUGGGACCCUGUGUUCAUGAUGGAGGCCAUCGCCAACCCGUCGGCCCACAACUUCAACCACAGCAUGGUGGGUAAGAUCCUCAACGACAGCCCCGCCAACCGCUACAGCUUUGUCUGCAACGUCCUCAUGGAUGUGUGCGUGGACCACCGGGACCCCGAGAGGCAAGCAUUGUUUUUCUAUAAAACCGUUAUCAAUAAUUGAUUGUGGAUAUGUCCAGAUGCAUGGAAACAAUACGGGAGUCUUGACUGUCAACUCACCAGUUAUACGUAUCUUACAUGAAUUAUAUAGUAAGGUGUUAUGCGUUGAAUUCCCAUCUCUGUGUGUCUAUUUAUGCAGGGUGAAUGACAUUGGGAUCCUGUGUGCGGAGCUGACUGCGUACUGUCGCUCUCUGAGUGCUGAGUGGCUGGGCGUCCUCAAGGCCCUCUGCUGCUCCUCCAACAACGGCAACUGUGGCUUCAAUGACCUGCUGUGCAACGUGGACGUGAGUGUGUUCAUACGCAGCUCUUUCUCUCUACACCAAUUAAUAUGCAUUCAGAUUCAGAGAGUUUAAUACUCACGUGUACAGGGUUGCAGAUGUAAUUACAAGGUACAGUGAAAUUCUUGAUCUCCGAUGCAGGACAAUAAAAUAAUAAAAAUAUACAUAAUAAUAUAUACAUAUUAACUGUGGCAAUGAUAAUGUCCAUUGGGGUGGGGGCAGGGUAAAUGUCAGUUGAGGGGAGUUGGAAAUGUCCAUAGGGGGAGCAGCGGGGGGAGGGUGGGUAGGAAGACCGGGGGAGUAGGUGGGGGGACAGGGGGAGCAGAUAGCUGACUAGUGGUGGCAAUUCAGUUGCCAUGAUGCUCCUAUACUGCCCACGUCUGAGUGAUGGAAACGGGGAGAACAGGCCAUGGCUAGGGUGGCUGGGUGCCCUGAUGAUCUUCUUGGCCUUCCUGUGACACCUGGUGUUGUAGGUGUCCUGGAGGGCAGGCAGUGUGCAUCCAAUGGUGUGUUCGGCUGAGCGUACCACCCUCUAUAGCGCCAUGUGGUCUGCGGCGGAGGAGUUACCGUACCAGACUGUGAUUCAGCCCGACAGUAUGCUCUCGAUGGUGUUCCUGUAGAACACUGUGAAGGCCCUCAGGGACAGGCCAAAUUUCUUCAGCAUCCUGAGGUUGAAGAGCCGCUUAUCGUGGUUUGAUCAUUUCUGCUCCUCGGAAAUGUGUACGCAGAGGAACUUGCCGUUUUUGACCGUCUCCCCGGCGGCCCAGUUGAUGAGGAUGGGGGCGUGCCCAGCCUGGUUCCUCCUGAAGUCCACAAUCAGCUCAUUUGUUUUUCUGUUGUUGAGGGAGAGGUUGUUUACCUGGCACCACCCCGUCAGAGUGCCUACCUCCUCACGGUAGGCCGUCUCAUUGUUGUUGGUAAUUAGGCUACUGUCGUCAGCGAACUUGAUCAUGUAGUUGGAGCUAUGUGAGGCCACGCAGUCGGGUAUACAGGGAGUACAGGAGGGGACUGAGGACGCACCCUUGUGGGGCCCCCGUGUUGAGAAUCAGUGUCGAGGAGGUAAUGUUGCCUAUCUUCACCACCUGGGGGGCGGCCCGUCAGGAAGUCCAGGACCCAGUUGCAUAAGGAGGAGUUCAGUCCCAGGGCCGUGAGCUUUGUGGUGAUGUUAGCGGGCACUAUGGUAUUGAAGGCCGAGCUGUAGCCGAUGGACAGCAUCCUCACAUAUGCAUUCCUUUUUGUCCAGGUGGGUGAGGGCAGCGCAAUGGCGAUUGCGUCGUCCGUGGAUCUGUCAGGGCGGUAGUUGAAUUGGAGAGGGUCGAGUGUGUCGGGGAGGGAGGAGGUGAUAUGGUCUUUGACUAGCCUCUCAAAGCACUUCAUGAUGACGGAAGUGAGUGUUAUGGGUCGGUAGUCAUUCAGUUCAGUUACUUUCCCUUUCUUGGGCAUGGGGAUGAUAGUGGACAUCUUGAAGCAGGUGGGGAUAGCGGCCUGAGCUAGAGAGAUUUGAAAAUGUCCGAACACACAACAGCCAGCUGGUCUGCACAUGCUCUGAGGGCACAGCUAGGGAUGGCGUUUGGGACGGCAGCCUUGCGAGGUUUAACACAUUUGUAUGACUUAAGUGGGUCUUUGAGAGACCGUAAGUGGGUCUUUCUAUAAAUAAUGGGGCCAAUGUGUGACAUUGGGAUUAACAUUUAAAAAUGGUUUGAAACAAAAAUUAAAAGGAUUUUCAUGCAGUUCCACAUGUGUACUUAGAGGAACAAAAGUGAAAAUAUGCAAAUUGGCCCAUAACUGUCUAUACAACAACAUGGGCUACCCUAGGACUAUACAGUGCAUUCAGAAAAUACUUCUUCACAUUUUGUUAUGUUACAGCCUUAUUCUAAAAUUGAUUAAAUUGUUUUUUCCCCUCAUCAAUCUACACACAAUACCCCAUAAUGGCAAAGCAAAAAAAGGUUAUUUGAAAUUUUAGCAAAUGUCCCCAAAUUUUUUUUGGGGGAAAUAUCACAUUUACGUAAGUAUUCAGACCCUUUACUCAGUACUUUGGCAGCGAUUAUAGCCUCGUGUCUUCUUGGGUAUGACGCUACAAACGUGGCACACCUGUAUUUGGGGAGUUUCUCCCAUUCUUCUCUGCAGAUCCUCUCAAGCUCUGUCAGGUUGGAUGGGGAGCGUCACUGCACAGCUAUUUUCAAAUCAAAUCAAAUCAAAUUUUAUUGGUCACAUGCGCCGAAUACAACAGGUGCAGACAUUACAGUGAAAUGCUUACUUACAGCCCUUAACCAACAGUGCAUUUAUUUUAAACAAAAAAGUAAGAAUAAAACAACAACAAAAAAAGUGUUGAGAAAAAAAGAGCAGAAGUAAAAUAAAGUGACAGUAGGGAGGCUAUAUAUACAGUAAAAUAAAGUGACAGUAGGGAGGCUAUAUAUACAGGGGGGUACCGUUGCAUAGUCAAUGUGCGGGGGCACCGGCUAGUUGAGGUAGUUGAGGUAAUAUGUACAUGUGGGUAGAGUUAAAGUGACUAUGCAUAAAUACUUAACAGAGUAGCAGCAGCGUAAAAAGGAUGGGGUGGGGGGGCAGUGCAAAUAGUCCGGGUAGCCAUGAUUAGCUGUUCAGGAGUCUUAUGGCUUGGGGGUAGAAGCUGUUGAGAAGUCUUUUGGACCUAGACUUGGCACUCCGGUACCGCUUGCCGUGCGGUAGCAGAGAGAACAGUCUAUGACUAGGGUGGCUGGAGUCUUUGACAAUUUUGAGGGCCUUCCUCUGACACCGCCUGGUAUAGAGGUCCUGGAUGGCAGGGAGCUUUGCCCCAGUGAUGUACUGGGCCGUACGCACUACCCUCUGUAGUGCCUUGCGGUCAGAGGCCAAGCAGUUGCCAUACCAGGCGGUGAUGCAACCAGUCAGGAUGCUCUCGAUGGUGCAGCUGUAGAAUUUUUUGAGGAUCUGAGGACCCAUGCCAAAUCUUUUUAGUCUCCUGAGGGGGAAUAGGCUUUGUCGUGCCCUCUUCACGACUGUCUUGGUGUGUUUGGACCAUGAUAGUUCGUUGGUGAUGUGGACACCAAGGAACUUGAAGCUCUCAACCUGUUCCACUACAGCCCCGUCGAUGAGAAUGGGGGCGUGCUCAGUCCUCUUUUUUUUCCUGUAGUCCACAAUCAUCUCCUUUGUCUUGGUCACGUUGAGGGAGAGGUUGUUGUCCUGGCACCACACGGCCAGAUCUCUGACCUCCUCCCUAUAGGCUGUCUCAUCGUUGUCGGUGAUCAGGCCUACCACUGUUGUGUCGUCGGCAAACUUAAUGAUGGUGUUGGAGUCGUGCCUGGCCAUGCAGUCAUGGGUGAACAGAGAGUACAGGAGGGGACUGAGCACGCACCCCUGAGGGGCCCCCGUGUUGAGGAUCAGUGUGGCAGAUGUGUUGUUACCUACCCUUACCACCUGGGGGCGGCCCGUCAGGAAGUCCAGGAUCCAGUUGCAGAGGGAGGUGUUUAGUCCCAGGAUCCUUAGCUUAGUGAUGAGCUUAGAGGGCACUAUGGUGUUGAAUGCUGAGCUGUAGUCAAUGAAUAGCAUUCUCACGUAGGUGUUCCUCUUGUCCAGGUGGGAAAGGGCAGUGUGGAGUGCGAUAGAGAUUGCAUCAUCUGUGGAUCUGUUGGGGCGGUAUGCAAAUUGGAGUGGGUCUAGGGUUUCUGGGAUUAUGCUGUUGAUGUGAGCCAUGACCAGUCUUUCAAAGCACUUCAUGGCUACAGACGUCAGUGCUACGGGUCGGUAGUCAUUUAGGCAGGUUAUCUUAGAGUUCUUGGGCACGGGGACUAUGGUGGUCUGCUUGAAACAUGUUGGUAUUACAGACUCAGUCAGGGACAUGUUGAAAAUGUCAGUGAAGACACUUGCCAGUUGGUCAGCACAUGCUCGGAGUACACGUCCUGGUAAUCCGUCUGGCCCUGCGGCCUUGUGAAUGUUGACCUGCUUAAAAGUCUUACUCACAUCGGCUACGGAGAGCGUGAUCACAUAGUCGUCCGGAACAGCUGGUGCUCUCAUGCAUGCUUCAGUGUUGCUUGCCUCGAAGUGAGCAUAGAAGUGGUUUAGCUCGUCUGGUAGGCUUGUGUCACUGGGCAGCUCGCGGCUGUGCUUCCCUUUGUAGUCUGUAAUAGUUUUCAAGCCCUGCCACAUCCGACGAGCGUCAGAGCCAGUGUAGUAUGAUUCAAUCUUAGACCUGUAUUGACUCUUUGCCUGUUUGAUGGUUCGUCGGAGGUCAUAGCGGGAUUUCUUAUAAGCGUCCGGGUUAGAGUCCCGUUCCUUGAAAGCGGCAGCUCUACCCUUUAGCUCAGUGCGGAUGUUUCCUGUAAUCCAUGGCUUCUGGUUGGGGUAUGUACGUACGGUCACUGUGGGGACGACAUCAUCGAUGCACUUAUUGAUGAAGCCAGUGACUGAUGUGGUGUACUCCUCAAUGCUGUCUGAAGAAUCCCGGAACAUGUUCCAGUCUGUGCUAGCAAAACAGUCCUGUAGCUUAGCAUCUGCGUCAUCUGACCACUUUUUUAUUAGCCGAAUCACUGGUGCUUCCUGCUUCAGUUUUUGCUUAUAAGCAGGAAUCAGGAGGAUAGAGUUAUGGUCAGAUUUGCCAAAUGGAGGGCGAGGGAGAGCUUUGUAUGCGUCUCUGUGUGUGGAGUAAAGGUGGUCUAGAGUUUUUUCACCUCUGGUUGCACAUUUUAACAUGCUGGUAGAAAUGAGGUAGAACGGAUUUAAGUUUCCCUGCAUUAAAGUCCCCGGCUACUAGGAGCGCUGCAUCUGGAUGAGCGUUUUCCUGUUGAUUAAUGGCCUUGUACAACUCAUUCAGUGCAAUCUUAAUGCCAGCAUUGGUUUGUGGUGGUAAAUAGACAGCUAUGAAAAAUAUAGAUGAAAACUCUCUUGGUAAAUAGUGUGGUCUACAGCUUAUCAUAAGAUACUCUACCUCAGGCGAGCAAAACCUCGAGACUUCCUUAGUAUUUGAUUUUGUGCACCAGCUGUUGUUUACAAAUAUACACAGACCGCCGCCCCUUGUCUUACCAGAGUCAGACGUUCUGUCCUGCCGAUGUAGCGUAUAGCCUGCUAGCUGAAUGUUGUCAUUGUUGUCGUUCAGCCACGACUCCGUGAAACAUAAGAUAUUACAGUUUUUAAUGUCCCGUUGGUAGGAUAACCGUAAUCUUAAAUCGUCAAUUUUAUUCUCAAAAGAUUGAACGUUGGCUAAUAGGAUUGAUGGGAGAGGCAGUUUACUCGUUCGCCGUCGGAUCCUUACAAGGCACCCGGAUCUGCGUCCACGAUAUCUCCGUCUCUUCCUCACGCGAAUGACGGGGAUCUGGGCCUUGUUGGGUGUCUGUAGAAUAUCCUUCGCGAACGCCUCGUUGAAGAAAAAGUCUUCGUCCAACGCGAGGUGAGUAAUCGCUGUCCUGAUAUCCAGAAGCUCUCUUUGGUUAUAAGAGACGAUGGCAGAAACAUUAUGUACAAAAUAAAUUACAAAUAACGCGGAAAAACACACAUAAUAGUACAAUUGGUUAGAGGGCUGUAAAACGGCAGCCAUCUUCUUCCGGCUCUGUUCUCAUUCAGGUCUCAUUCAGGUCUCAUUCAGGUCUCUCCAGAGAUGUUAGAUCGGGUUUAAGUCCGGGUUCUGGCUGGGCCACUCAAGGACAUUCAGAGACUUGUCCCGAAACCACUCCUGCGUUGUUUUGGCUGUGUGCUUAGGGUCGUUGUCCUGUUGAAAGGUGAACCUUCGCCCCAGUCUGAGGUCCUGAGUGCUUCGGAGCAGGCUUUUAUCAAGGAUCUCUCUGUACUUUGCUCCAUUCAUCUUUCCCUUGAUCUAGUCUCCCAGUCCCUGCCAUUGAAAAACAUCCCCACAGCAUGAUGCUGCCACCACCAUGCUUCACCGUAGGGAUGGUGCCAGGUUUCCUCCAGACGUGACGCUUGGCAUUCAGGCCAAAGAGUUCAAUCUUGGUUUCAUCAGACCAGAUAAUCUUUUCUCAUGGUCUGAGUCCUUUAGGUGCCUUUUGGCAAACUCUAAGCGGGCUGUCAUGUGCCUUUUACUGAGGAGUGGCUUCCGUCUGGCCACUCUACCAUAAAGGCCUGAUUGGUGGAGUGCUGCAGAGAUGGUUGUCCAUCUGGAAGGUUCACCUAUCUCUACAGAGGAACUCUGGAGCUCUGUCAGAGUGACCAUCGGGUUCUUGGUCACCUCCCUGACCAAGGCCCUUCUCCAAUGAUUGCUCAGUUUGGCUGGGCGGCCAGCUCUAGGAAGAGUCUUGGUGGUUCCAAACUUCUUCCAUUUAAGAAUGAUGGAGGCCACUGUGUUCUUGGGGACCUUCAAUGCUGCAGAAAUGUUUUGGUACCUUUCCCCAGAUCUGUUCCUCGACACAAUACUGUCUCGGAGCUCUACGGACAAUUCCUUCGACCUCAUUGCUUGGUUUUUGCCCUGACAUGCACUUUCAACUGUGGGACCUUAUAGAGACAGGUGUGUGUGUACCUUUCCAAAUCAUGUCCAAUCAAUUGAAUUAACCACAGGUGGACUCCAAUGAAGUUGUAGAAACGUCUCUUUCGGGGUCUUUUUCAAGCACUUAAUUGUCAUUUUCAAGGACGUCAAUGUUAAACAAUUGUAUAAUUUAUAUAAUUGUACAUAUAGGGCCUAGUAUAGCAGCAGCUCUGCCGCCACCCCAAAAAGAAAAGCUUGCAAAAGUGUCAAAAAAGUAGACCAUUACCACUUUAAGAAUAAUGAGGCCUUGCCAAUGCAUUAAUAUUCAAAUUUUUAUUACAUUCAAAAAUAUGUUCGAAUAAUGUGGACAUUGCCUGACAAAUAGAUUGAAUGCAUGCAUGGUGAUUUUUCUGUAACCUAUGUGGUCGACGCAGGCACAAAUAAAGCCAUGUAUAGCGGAAGCAUUUGAAUCUCACCAUCGCUUUUUUUAUAAUUAGAAAGUGACCAAAAACCAGGUUCCUUUUUUAAUGGAAGGAUUUUGUAUAGAAAGCCAAGUUGAAGCCAGCAUUAGAUGUGGUCUUCCUCAUAAUAACCGCACGUGGUUUUACCGCAACAGAGUAGUGCAACACCCUUCAAUUGAAGCGGUGGGAAACACACUAAAGUGGACACAUCACUCAAAAAAACAGAUAAAAAAUGAAAUUAAAGGUAAUUAUAAGGGAGCAGGAGAACGUAUAUAUUGGCUACAAAAAUUACAAGGACUUUUCAAGCACAAAUUGAGGAAAUUAUUUUCAAGGUAGGCCUAUUUCAGUACUUUAAUUUCUGAGCUCCAAAUUCAAGUAGGCUACUUCAAGCUCCUUGUAUGGUUUAAAAUUGCAGGUGUAACAUGGAAAGCAAAAUGUAUUUGUCAUGUUAUUUCAUUACCAGAUCAUAUUGUGAAUAACCCCACUAGGCUAAAUGUACUUUUUUUUAUCAUUAUAUCCAGAAUAGUUCAUAGGAAUAGCGUUGGGUGUUGCGUAGUAGUCUAUCCGAUACAAUUGCGAACAGUAGACUGUGUCCAUUCCGAGGCACUAAAACAUGAAAACAACCGGCAGAAACAAAUAACACUGUCUCCCGACCCCCCCGACAUCACUUGGAUGUCAUUCGGAAAAUUCCUUCCUGGAUCAGAUGAUGAUGUGUGAAAAUAUCAUGGCAUAACUAAUCAGAUGGACACCAAAUGCGCAUCCAACAAGUAUUAUGCAUAAUUAUUGAAGAACCACGUUAACGACAGUAUCGAUUUUAGGUUUUAAGUAUCAAGGUAAGGUGACUCUUUCGGUUAGAAGCAUUCAAUCUUUCAAUCGCAUACAUUAUUUUGUAUUUGUGUGCCCAUAACAUAAGGCAGGGUUUCCCCAAACUCUGUCCUCGGGACCCCAAGGGGUACACAUUUUAGAUUUUUGCCCUAGCACUACACAGCUGAUUCAAAAAACAACUAAUCAUUAAGCUUUGAUCAUUUUAAUCAGCUGUGUCGUGUUAGGGCAAAAACCAAAAUGUGCACCCUUUGGAGUCCCGAGGAGGACAGGGUUUGGGGAAUGAUGACAUAAGGUGACACAAAAUGUUACGUAGUUACACUGAAUUUCUGAGAUCUCUAUACAAAAAACUGACUGACAGCUAGAUCCUGGAUUCUUACAGGGUUCAAGUUCAAUGUCUAAUUUAACUGAUGAUGCUUAAUAUAUGAUAUCACGGCAACUUACACUGCCAUACAUGCAAGGACAGAAAAGUAAUGUUUUGUCACAUGAUUUUAAACAAAUCUGUCAACCAACCAUGAAAAAGGGUUAAACAGGUUUUAAAUCAACUUGUGCAUUCGGAAAGUAUUCAGACCCCUUGAUUUUUUCCACAUUUUGUUACGUUACAGCCUUAUUCUAAAAUGGAUCUAAAAAAUGUUUUCCCUCAAUCUACACACAAUACCCCAUAAUGACAAAGCAAAAACAGGUUUUUAGAAAUGUUUGCAAAAAAAUAAAUAAAAAAAUAACAUACCUUAUUCAGACCCUUUGCUAUGAGACUCGAAAUUGAGUUCAGGUGCAUCCUGUUUCCGUUGAUCAUCCUUGAGAUGUUUCUACAACUUGAUUGGAGUCCACCUGUGGUAAAUUCAAUUGAUUGGACAUGAUUUGGAAAGACACACACCUGUGUAUAUAAGAUCCCACAGUUGACAGUGCAUGUCUGAGCAAAAACCAAGCCAUGAGGUCGAAGGAAUUGUCCGUAGAGCUCCGAGGCAGGAUUGUGUCGAGGCACAGAUCUGGGAAAUUGUACCAAAACAUUUCUGCAGCAUUGAUGGUCCCCAAAAACACAGUGGCCUCCAUCAUUCUUAAAUGGAAGAAGUUUGGAAUCACCAAGACUCUUCCUAGAGCUGGCCGCCCAGCGAAACUGAGCAAUCGGGGGAGAAGGGCCUUGGUCAGGGAGGUGACCAAGAACCCGAUGGUCACUCUGACAGAGCUCCAGAGUUCCUCUGUGGAGAUGGGAGAACCUUCCACCAAUCAGGCCUUUAUGGUAGAGUGGCCAGACGGAAGCCACUCCUCAGUAAAAGGCACAUGACAGCCCGCUUGGAGUUUGCCAAAAGGCACCUAAAGGACGGGGGUGGCAGCAUCAUGCUGUGGGGAUGUUUUUCAGCGGCAGGGACUGGGAGACUAGUCAGGAUCGACGGAAAGAUGAAUGGAGCAAAGUACAGAGAUCCUUGAUAUAACUUGCUCCAAAGCAGGAACUCCUACUGGGGUGAAGGUUCAACUUCCAACAGGACAGCGACCCAAAGCACACAGCCAAGACAACGCAGGAGUGGCUUCGGGACAAGUCUCUGAAUGUCCUUGAGUGGCCCAGCCAGAGCCCGGACUUGAACUCGAUCGAACAUCUCUGGAGAGACCUGAAAAUAGCUGUGCAGCGACGCUUCCCAUCCAACCUGACAUAGCUUGAGGAUCUGCAGAGAAGAAUGGGAGAAACUUCCCAAAUACAGGUGUGCCAAGCAUGUAGUGAAGGGUCUGAAUACUUAUGUAAAUGUGAUAUUUCAUUUUUUAUAAAUGUACAAACAUUUCUAAAAACCAUGGGGUUUGAAUACUUUCCGAAUGCACUGUAGCUAUAUCUUAAUGUAAUUACAUGAAAAUAUUUAGCUUAUUAGCAAUGACUUAUCAACAGCUGUAACAAGUUGUCCAGCAUAGGAAAUUCUCACUAGUACCCUAGUUUAUAGAAUGACCCAAGUACGUAACCCUUGUUGUCCUCCGGGGCUGUCCUUGGCUGCUCAGUCGUCGUUGUGCUCGAAACGUGAGGAAAAAAGUGUUUAGCUCGUCUGGUAGGGCGGCAUUGGUGUCCGCGACGUGGCUGGCUUUCUUUUUGUAAUCCGUGAUCAUUAGGAGCCCCUGACACAUGCACCUCGUAUCCGACCCGCUGAAUGCUCCUCUGGCUCUGAGAGGCAUGGUUAGAGCGGAACACACACAGUAACAUUCCAGCAAUUCUCUCUACACCAAUACGCGUUGAAUAAUUAGCAGUCCACAUCAAAUUUGAACAUCUCCUUCUCUCUGUUUCCCUCACAGGUCAGUGAUCUCUCCUUCCAUGACUCCCUGGCCACCUUCGUAGCCAUCCUCAUUGCCCGUCAGUGUCUUCUCCUGGAGGACCUGGUCCGCUGCGUAGCCAUCCCCUCCCUACUCAACGCUGGUAAGAGCCCGUCUCUCACCCCCAGACCCAAUGACAGGGUCCUCUUCAUAAGGCACCAAACGGAAGAAAACAGAGUGAAAUAGGGAGGGACUACCUGUACGUUCAUUUUCAUUUUUCCGUUGCUAAAUGUUUUGAAGCGUUUUCGUUGCAUGCCCUAAUGAACACCACCGAGGCCUUACUCUAAUAUUCUUAGAUCCCAGUCUCCUAUUUAAUCUAGCCUAAACUCUCUGCGGCACGUCUUGCUAUUCAUUGUAAUCAGAGGGCUACUAUAAAUACUAUGCAUGCCAAUCUCUCUUGGAUAAGAGUUGAGGAAAGACUGACUGCAUCACUGCUUCUUUUUAUAAGAAACAAUGUGUUGAACAUCCCAAAUUGUUUGCGUAGUCAACUUACACACAGCUCUGACACACACACUUACAAAUUCAAGAAAGCGUACAGUAUUAUAUAGAGCUAUUAUUGCAUGGAGCUCCGUUCCAUCUCAUAUUGCUCAAAUGAACAGCAAACCUGGUUUAAAAAAACUGAUAAAGCAACACCUCACGGCACAACGCCUCUCCCCUAUUUGACUUAGAUAGUUUGUGUGUAUGUAUUGAUAUGUAGCCUACGUGUGACUUAAAAAAAAAAAUGAAGUUCUGUCCUUGAGCUGUUCUUGUCUAUUAAUGUUCUGUAUUAUGGCAUGUUUCAUAUUUUGUGUCGACCCCAGGAAGAGUAGCUGCUGCUUUUGCAACAGCUAAUGGGGAUCCUACUAAAAUACCAAAUAUAAAUGAGUUUACAGUACACAGAGGCCCUGUCUGCCUGCCUCUCCAGGCUUUGAAGAUACUCCCAUCCCCAUAAUGCAUUACCUACUUCGGUCUUUUCUGUCUGAGCGGGAGGUAAACACCAGUGUGUGUGUGUGGUGGCCAGUCAAGGCUGCCUCUCGCUCAGAGGACAAGGCCCCAUUCAGCCUGUUUUCUAAGUCCCCUGUGAAGUUGUCACGUGCUGCCAGACCCCGCUCCACGUCUCCUCCUCAGCCAGCAGUUCAGCUAUGUGUCAGAUUCUUCUUUGCCGACGUUCCUUCGCAGCCCAGCUCUGAAAAGGCCACUUAGUAUUUGGUACUCCUUGAAAGUCAAUUUAGGACACAUUCCAAAUUCUUCAAGAGCUUCUGUUCUCUGUAGUUGGGUGUUAUUCAUUUCCAUGUCAUCACAUCUUGAAGCUUAGGGCUGUUAGUGUAAAGUCUAUUGUUUUUUUGUCAUAUUGGUUAGAGAUUUUCACGGGUCCGGGCAGACCCGAUAUACCCGAGACCGGGUCCUGUUUGAUUGUCAUCGGUUCUAUGUAACUGCAGCUGACCCGAGCAUAGCCUCUAUAGCAUAUUUAUUUUACGCUAAUAAGGUGAAUUUAUUGACUUAUAGAGGGCCUAAGCCAACAUAUAAAAACCUAUUGUUUAACCAGAAGACCAACUUACCUGAUAAGCGUUUGUUUUGUCACUGGUCCAAUCGGAUCUGGUCUACACCCGGACCUGUCAGGGUUUGGGUCGGGUCUAGGUCGAUUUGUCCUCGGGUCCAUCCAGGUCCAACUUUUUGGUCCUGUGAAGACCUCCAAUACUGGUCAUUCAUUAUGUUUUAUAACAUUUUUGGGAGGUGAAAUAUUUGACUUAUUACGAACCGGCUCGUAGCCCGUGACAAAGAGGGAGACAACGCGGAGAUAAAGAAAUAACGAACAUAUAUCUAUUAAAUAAAGUAAACUAUAUACAAGCAACACUGGUGUGUGUAGUCAGUAGUGUAGAUGAGUGGAUGCGUGCAUAGAUGGUGAUAAUGGGAGGUGCCAAAACAAAAUGCCUGCGUGGAGAGAGUCUCCUCGAUGUUUGGGGGGAAGGUGUAUUUAUCCCCGGGACACACCCGAGCCCAGGUGUGUCCCGUUUAGCUGACGAUCCUCCCAGCUCCGCCCACCGACAUCCUAUUAAGGAAAACAAGAGCAGAGAGAAAGAAUUCGGCAGACAGAGUGGGAGGGUCGUCACACUUUGCUAAAGCAGCUUUAAUCCCCUUCAGAUUCAUUGUUGAGGUUGUGUGUGACUGGCUGUGUGUGUACCCCUACUAACCUACCUCUCUCUCUGUGUGUCUCUCCUCCCAGCCUGCAGUGAGCAGGACUCUGAGCCCGGAGCCCGUCUGACCUGCAGGAUUCUGCUGCACCUCUUCAAGACCCCCCAGCGCAACCCCUGCCCCCAGGAUGGAGCCAAGUCAGGUACACACAAAGCUAACCCCCCCUCCUGCACCAAGAACGGUCCCCUCUACAUCCCCAAGCAAACUAAUUCCAAGUUUGAUCCCACAUCGGAUAAAAUGUUAAUGAAUUAAUAUAUGUUUUGAUUUAAUGGAAAUGUUAAUGCUAUGAUUUUAUAUUUUGCAGAUAAAUCUUCUGUUGGGAUCCGGUCGUCGUGUGAUCGCCACCUACUGGCUGCCUCGCAGAACAGCAUAGUGGUCGGAGCUGUCUUUGCUGUCCUAAAGGCUGUCUUUAUGCUGGGUAAUACUCUCAGUAUUAUGCUAUUAUUUUGUCCUUAAAGUUGCAUAUGAGUCCAAUUUGACAAUUGAAUGUGAAUAGAUUUAUGUAAUUAUAGUUAUUAAAGUGGAACUGACAGCGUUUUAGCAACAUUAAAUCUUAUUCAAAUCUGUUCAUAUACAUACCCAGGAUAUUUUUCUACACUUUCUGACAAGCGAGUACAUCGAUAUCGUAAUUUUCACGUUUUCAUAAAUUCAUAGAAUGUUUCGUAAUGUUAAGGCAUUUGUGAAAAUUCUAUAGCAAUAUAGAGUGGGAAAGUGGCCAUGCAUUUGGACAAUUAAUAGACACUGCAGUAAAUAAAACCUAAGAAAAGCAUCUGUCUUGUCCAGGACCGGAGUCUACGCAGACCAGUGCGCCAUAGCCAAUCAGAGCGACAAUAGGCCUAUAUGCAAAUAAGCCAUUUGCCACAAGGGCCUGCCAUCAUUCACUGUGACCUGGACUGUGUGGUUACAGGCAGUAGCAACAGCACGACUUUAGAUCAUUAGAACGCAUUCGCCAAAAGCCACAAAAUACACCUGAAUGGAUUCCUGCAAAUAUGUAAACACCACAGGUGUCCUCUUACAUUUGGGAAUUGCACAGUCCUAUUGAUCAAUCAACCAUGAAAAGGUAGGCUCUCUCCCUCAGUUGCCUAUGCCAUCACAAAGAUCAACAAAUGAAGCGCAAUCAACAACUAACGAGGAAUGAUUAGAUACCACUUUCGCUAGUUGCCGUCAAUGGUACUGAUAAACAUUUUACAUUAAUUUAGUCUUUAGCAGACGCCUUAUCCAGGCGACUAGUUAGUGAAACCAUUUUUCAUACUGGCAUGCUCUAUAACUGGGCUACAUACCUGCCGGCCAUUCUCCCCAGGCGCCUGGACACGUGCCAGUCGCCUGCUCGUCCUUCUCGCCGCUUGUCAUGGCUGAGGCUUGUCCCAAUGCACGUUUUGACAACUGAAUGGGAACUUGCCUACCUGCCAGCCCAUUUGAUCGAUGCCAAAAACAUUUCAUAGACUAAGAGAUAUUCUAACUGUCGAUAAGUCGUUUAAGUUCAGCAUGGCUAGCUAGCAAAGCGAUUCACAUUUCUUGCUAGCUAACCAUCUCUAGCUGUACCGAAAAACGAUAUGAAGGGGAAAAAGUCGGUCACUCAUCCCACUCCUCCAAUGACAUGACAUCCUCCCAGCAGCUAGCUAGCUAUAUAGCUAACGUUAGGUUCCGUGUUUUUAGCUUGCUAAAUAAAUAGCUAGCUACAUAAAUAGAUAGGCUAACCCAGGGGUGUCAAACUCAAUCAGCGCACAGGCCAUAUUGAAAAAACUACAAAUUCACGGGCCAGACAUAGCCUAUUUGUUUUUACAAAUAAAAGUGCAACUGCGACCCAAACUGGCCGUUGUUUCAUUAGAAAAAGUAUGCCCCUUUUAUAAUGUCCACUUAUGUACGUAGGCUGCUAUACAGUGCAUUCGUAAAGUAUUCAGACCCGUUUUACUUUUUCCACAUUUUGUUACGUUACAGACUUAUUCUAAAAUUGAUUGAAUUAUUCCUUUUCUCAUCAAUCUGCACACAAUACCCCAUAAUGACAAAGCAAAAAACAGGUUUUUAGAAAUUGUUGCAAAUGUAUAAAAAACAGAUACCUUAUUUACAUAAGUAUUCAGACCCUUUGCUAUGAAACUUGAAAUUGAGCUCAGGUGCAUCCUGUUUCCAUUGAUCAUCCUUGAGAUGUUUCUACAACUUGAUUGGAGUCCACCUGUGGUAAAUUCAAUUGAUUGGACAUGAUUUGGAAAGGCACACACCUGUCUAUAUACAGCUCUGGAAAACAUUAAGAGACCACUGCAAAAAUAUAAGUUUCUCUGGUUUUACUAUUUAUAGGUAUGUGUUUGGGUGAAAUUAACAUUUUUGUUUAUUCUAUAAACUACUGACAACAUUUCUCCCAAAUUCCAAAUAAAAAUAUUGUCAUUUAGAGCAUUUAUUUGCAGAAAAUGACAACUGGUCAAAAUAACAAAAAAUAUGCAGUGUUGUCAGACCUCGAAUAAUGCAAAGAAAAUAAGUUCAUGUUCAUUUUUAAACAACACAAUACUAAUGUUUUAACUUAGGAAGAGUUCAGAAAUCAAUAUUUGGUGGAAUAACCCUGAUUUUCAAUCACAGCUUUCAUGCGUCUUGGUAGGCUCUCCACCAGUCUUUCACAUUGAUGUUUGUUGACUUUAUGCCACUCACUCCUGGCGCAAAAAUUCAAGCAGCUCGGCUUUGUUUGAUGGCUUGUGACUCUCCAUCUUCCUCUUGAUCACAUUCAAUAAGUUUUUCAAUGGGGUUCAGGUCUGGAGAUUGGGCUGGCCAUGACAGGGUCUUGAUCUGGUGGUCCUCCAUCCACACCUUGAUUGACCUGGCUGUGUGUCCUGCUGGAAAAAACAAUCCUCAGAGUUGGGGAACAAUUUCAGAGCAAAAGGAAGCAAGUUUUCUUCCAGGACAACCUUGUACGUGGCUUGAUUCAUGCGUCCUUCACAAAGACAAAUCUGCCCGAUUCCAGCCUUGCUGAAGCACCCCCAGAUCAUCACCGAUCCUCCACCAAAUUUCACAGUGGGUGCGAGACACUGUGGCUUGUAGGCCUCUCCAGGACUCUGUCUAACCAUUAGACGACCAGGUGUUGGGCAAAGCUGAAAAUUGGACUCAUCAGAGAAGAUGACCUUACUCCAGUCCUCUACGGUCCAAUCCUUAUGGUAUUUUGCAAACCUCAGCCUGGAUCUUCUUUGCUUCUCAUUGAUGAAGGGCUUUUUUCUAGCUUUGCACGACUUCAGCCCUGCCCCUAGGAGCCUGUUUCGAACCGUCCUCACCUUGCACUUCACCCCAGCUGCCGUUUGCCAUUCUUUUUGUAGGUCACUUGAUGUCAUCCUAUGGUUGUUGAGUGACAUUCGAAUGAGUUGGCGGUCAUCCCGGUUAGUAAAGAGUCAUUUUCCCCCUAUGCCGGUCUGUAGCUUUGUUGUCCCCAAUGUCUGCUGCUUGACCUUGUUCUUAUGAACCGCCGUCUUUUGAAAUUUUAAGGAUGGAAGCAACUUGACGCUCACUGUAUCCCUCUGCCAGUAAAGCCACAAUUGAACCCUUCUUUUCCUCACAUUCAGAUGAUCACCUAAUCAGUACCUAAUUCAGUAGAAUGAGGUGUGCCUGUGUUGGAAUUCAACAGACACUGGAAUGGAAUGGCUGUCAUACAUGUAGAGAUGCUGAUUUAAGAAAAAUUUGCAGUGGUCUCUUAAUUUUUUUCCAGAGCUGUAAGGUCCCACAGUUGACAGUGCAUGUCUGAGGAAAAACCAAUCCAUGAGGUCGAAAGAAUUGUCCUGAGAAAGCUCAGAGACAGGAUUUUGUUGAGGCACAGAUCUGGGGAUGGGUACCAAAAAAUGUCUUCAGCAUUGAAGGUCCCCAAGAACACAGUGGCCUCAUCAUUCUUAAAUGGAAGAAGUUUGGAACCACCAAGACUCUUCCUAAAGCUGGCCGCCCGGCCAAACUGAGCACUCGGGGGAGAAGGGCGUUGGUCAGGGAGGUGACAAAGAACCCGAUGGUCACUGACAGAGCUCAAGAGAUCCUCUGUGAAGAUGGGAGAACCUUCCAGAAGGAAAACCAUCUCUGCAGCACUCCACCAAUCAGGAAUUUAUGGUAGAGUGACCAGACGGAAGCCACUCCUCAGUAAAAGGCACAUGAAAGCCCGCUUGGAGUUUGCCAAAAGGCACCUAAAAGACUCUCAGAUCAUGAGAAACAAGAUUCUCUGGUCUGAUGAAACCAAGAUUGAACUCGUUGGCCUGAAUGCCAAGCGUCACGUCUGAAUGAAACCUGGCACCAUCCCUACGGUGAAGCAUGGUGGUGGCAGCAUCAUGCUGUGGGGAUGUUUUUCAGCGGCAGGGACUGGGAGACUAGUCAGGAUCGAGGGGAAAGAUGAAUGGCGCAAAGUACAGAGAUCCUUGCUGAAACUUGCUCCAUAGCAGGACCUCAGACUGGGGCAAAGGUUCACCUUCCAACAGGAUAACGACCCUAAGCACACAGCCAAGACAACUCAGGAGUGGCUUCGGAACAAGUCUCUGAAUGUCCUUGAGUGGCCCAGCCAGAGCCCGGACUUGAAAAUAGUUGUGCAGCGACGCUCCCCAUCCAACCUGACAGAGCUUAAGAGGAUCUGCAGAGAAGAAUGGGAGAAACUCCCCAAAUACAGGUGUGCCAAGCUUGUAGCGUCAUACCCAAGAAGACGCAAGGCUGUAAUCGCUGCCAGAGUAAAGGGUCUGAAUACUUAUGUAAAUUUGAUGUUUCAGUUUUGUAAUUUGCAACAAAUAAAUGACUGUUUUUGCUUUGUCAUGAUGGGGUAUUGUGUGUACAUUGAGAAAAACAAACAAUUUAAUAAAUUUUAGAAUAUGGCUAACGUAACAAAAUGUGGAAAAAUUCAAGGGGUCUGAGUACUUUCCCAGUGCACUGUAUAUAGCAUUUUAACAUAUUAAAACAAAAGAAGAGAUCAAUAUUUGUCCAGCCUUUGCGGCUAUGCUUGCAGAUGUGCAUAACAUUCAUCAAAAAGUAUUUAAUAACUACAAAUAACAAAAACGUAGCUGUAGGUUAAGGUUUAAACUUAAAACAUGUUUUUAUUUGUUUUGCACUGCAUGGAUCACCAGUGCGGUUGAAUGCAGCAUUGCUGUAUGUAUGGUGGACUCAAAAUGUAUUAUAGAUGAGUAGCCAGGCUAGGCUAUUGCUCAAAUGUUGCUGUAAUAGGCCUGUACUUGUUGCUGUAAUUCUCCUUUGCAUGGUGUUUUGUUUUGGGGUUUUUCAUUGUCAAGCUUUAAAAACCAAAGUCAGACUGCAACAUUUUAGUAGCCUAGCUAGGACUGUGGCAUGUGUCUGUAUAUUUUCCCUCCGCUGCGCGCUGUAAACGGGACACACAAAAGAGGCGCAAUUGAAGUUGAUUUCACCGACGCGAUCACAUCAGGCUGUAAUUUCAUAAAGUAGAUGACUCAACUGUUGUCUCAUUUAUACUCGCUUGUGUGUCCUAUUCGGCCCGUGGGCCUUGUGUUUGACACGUGUGCUAGCCUAUUAGCCACGUUAUGACUGACUUGUGAUCAUUGCAUUGCUAGUUUGAUUGUAUUGACAUUCCUAGCCUUAGUUACAGUCAUCUGUUUUUGUUCAAGAUAUUGAGACAUUGAAAUUGAAACAGUGCAUCCCGAAUGGGUGGAGGCAGCAAACAAUGUACCAGACCAGCUGUGAUUUACAACCUGAUAGCAAUAUUUUUUGGACUACCAAGAAAUGUAUUGGUGAAUGUAUUAAUCAUGCAGUGAACUGCCUCCAUCUAUUCUGCCAACAAUGUCUUACUGUACUUCAUGGAAUUUUGAGUCAAAUAGAACAUAUUUUAAAAAAACUAAUAUACAUUGGUUUUGAAGCAUAAACUGGGAUUUUUAUAUAUUUUACUGAUAAUAUGAUUGCCUGUUUCAUAUUUAAAAUGCUGUCAGUUCCACUUUAAAUGUGUCUAUCUGUUACAACUGGUCACCAGUAAGACCACAGAAACCUGAAGUUAUACAUUUUUCUCUCCAUCUCUCUCCAGGCGAUGCAGAACUGAAGGGCUCGGGAUUCUCUGACCCCGCCGGCCUCGACGACAUCGCCGACGACGACAUGGGUUCCAAGAAGUCGGGCGGCCACACAGUCUCCAUAGAAACGGCCAGCCUAGACAUGUACGCCAAGUAUGUGCUGAAGAGCAUCUGCCAACAGGUGAGAAUAUGUGGAAGGAGACCGUUCACACCAGGGUCAAAUGUUUUGAACUUUUAUAUUUUCUCUCUUCCGUUUCACUCCCACACCAGAAGCUACAUAUUUCCAAAUGCAGUACUUUCCAGGUGUGGAGUCAAUUUAAUUUGUUUCAUUUUAUUUCAGUCAAUCCAGGAAGUAAACUGAAAUUACAAUUUUCCUCAUUGAAAACCAACUGGAAUUUCAGUUCAUGCAAAUAGGCUGACACGUUACGCUAAAUUCCCCUGACGUGAAUAUAGCAACCUUGCUUCACAAAAUUCCCCUGACAUUUUGUAUUUUAUUAGGAUCCCCAUUAGCUGUUGCAAAAGCAGCAGCUACUCUUCCUGGGGUCCACACAAAACAUGAAACAUGCCAUAAUACAGAACAAUAAUAGACAAACAGCUCAAGGACAGAACUACAUAAAAAAAUUUUAAUUUAAAGCCACACGGAGCCUACAUAUCAAUACUACACACAAACUAUCUAGGUCAAAUAGGGGAAAGGCGUUUGUGCGGUGGAGGGUUGUUUUAUCUGUUUUUUGAAAGCAGGUUUGCUGUUCGUUUGAGCAAUAUGAGAUGGAACGGAGUUCCAUGCAAUAAUGGCUCUAUAUAAUACUGUAUGCUUUCUUGAAUUUGUUCUGGAUUUGGGUACUGUGAAAAGACCCCUGGUGGCAUGUCUGGUGGGGUAAGUGUGUGUGUCAGAGCUGUGUGGUAAGUUGACCUAUGCAACAUUUGGGGAUUUUCAACACAUUGUUUCCUUAUAAAAGAAGAAGUGAUUCAGUCAGUCUCUCCUCAUAAAAAGGAAGAAGUGAUUACAUCAGAUCCUCUGUUCUCCAGUUACUCUAAUGACAGUUUACAAUCUAAGGUAACACCAAUUAAUUUAGUCUCCUCAACUUGUUCAACAGCCCACACAUUCAUUACCACAUUCAGCUAGGUCUAGAACUUAGUGAAUGAUUUAUACCAAAUACAAUGCUCUUAGUUUUAAAGAUGUUCAGGACCAGUUGAUUACUGGCCACACAUCCCAAAACAGACUGCAACUCUUUGUUAAGGGUUUCAUUGACUUCAUUAGCUGUGGUUGCUGAUGCAUAUAUGGUUGAAUCAUCAGCAUACAUGGACACACAUGCUUUGUUUUAAUGCCAGUGGAAGGUCAUUGGUAAAAAUAGAAAAGAGUAGCUGCCCUGCGUUACACCACACUUUACACGUUUGCCAUUUAGAGAAGCUUCCAUUUAAAGAAAACCCUUGGAGUUCUAUUAGAUGGAUAGCUCUGAAUCCACAAUAUGGCAGUGGUUGAAAAGCCAUAACACACGUUUUUUCAACAACAGAUUAUGGUCAAUAAUAUCAAAGGCUGCACUGAAAUCUAACAGUACAGCUCCCACAAUCUUCUUAUUAUCAAUUUAUUUCAACCAAUCAUCAGUCAUUUGUGUCAGUGCAGUACAUGUUGAGUGCCCUUCUCUAUAAGCAUGCUUAAAGUCUGUUGUUAAUUUGUUAACAGAUAAAUAGCAUUGGAUUUGGUCAAACAUAAUUGUUUCCAACAGUUUGCUAAGAGCUGGCAACAAGCUUAUAGGUCUGCUGUUAGAACGAGUAAAGGCCGCUUUACCACUCUCGGGUAGCGGAAUUACUUUGGCUUCCCUCCAGGCCUGAGGACAAAGACGUUCCUCUAGGCUCAGAUUAAAGAUAUGACAGAUAGGAGUGGCUAUAGAGUCAGCUACCAUAUUCAGUAGCUUUCCAUCUAAGUUGUCAAUGCCAGGAGGUUUGUCAUUAUUGAUCGAUAACAAUAAUUUUCACCUCUCCCACACUAACUUGACAAAAUUCAAACUUGCAAUGCUUUUCUUUCAUUAUUUGUGUUUUUAUGCAUGAAUACGAUGGCUCACUGUUCAUUGUUGUCAUUUCCUGCCUAUGUUUGCCCACUUUGCCAAUGAAGUAAUCAUUAAAAUAAUUGGCAACAUCAAAUGGUUUUGUGAUGAAUAAGCCAUCUGAUUCAAUGAAAGAUGGAGUUGAAUUUGUCUUUCUGCCCAUAAUUUCAUUUAAAAGACUCAAGUUUUCUUCCAUCAUUCUUUAUAUCAUUGAUCUUGGCUUCAUAAUACAGUUUCUUUUUUGUUGUUGAGUUUAGUCACAUAAUUUCUCAAUUUGCAGUAAGUCAGCCAGUCAGAUGUGCAGCCAGACUUAUUAGCCACUCCUUUUGCCCAAUCUCUUUCAACCAAACAGUGUUUCAAUUCCUCAUCAAUCCAUGGAGCCUUAACAGUUCUAACAGUCAGUUUCUUAACAGGUGCAUGUUUAUCAAUAAUUGAAAGAAUCAAUUUCAUAAAUUCAUCAAGUGCAGAGUCUGGAUGCUCCUUAUUAAUCACAGCAGACCAACAAAUAUUUUUAACAUCAUCCACAUAAGACUCACAGCAAAAUCUUUUGUAGGAUCUCUUAUACACUAUUUUAGGCCCAGCUUUUGGAACUUUGGCUUUCCUGGAUAUAGCCACUAUAUUGUGAUCACUGCAUCUAAUGGGUACGGAUAUAGCUUUACAACAAAGUUCUUCAGUAUUAGUAAAAAUGUGAUCGAUACAUGUGGAUGAUCUUGUUCCUGUAGUGUUUGUAAACACCCUGGUAGGUUGAUUAAUAACCUGAACCAGGUUACAGGCACUGGUUACAGUUAGAAGCUUCCUCUUGAGCGGACAGCUUGAUGAAAACCAGUCAAUAUUCAGGUCCCCAAGAAAGUAGACCUCUCUGUUUACAUCACAUACACUAUCAAGCAUUUCACACACAUUAUUUAGAUACUGACUGUUAGCACUUGGUGGCCUAUUGCAUCACCCCAAAAGAAAAGGCUUUAGAUGUGCCAAGUGAACCUGCAACCGCAACACUUCAAUAACAUUUGACAUAAAAUAUUCUCUAAGCAUUACAGGGAUAUGGCUCUGAAUAAAUAUAUAUUGAAGUUUUGACACACCUACUUAUUCAAGGGUUUUUCUUUAUUUUUACUAUUUUCUACAUUGUAGAAUAAUAGUGAGGACAUCAAAACUAUGAAAUAACACAUACGGAAUCAUGUAGUAAACAAAAAAGUGUUAAACAAAUCAAAAUAUAUUUUAGAUUUUUGAUUCUUCAAAGUAGCCGCUCUUUGCCUUGACAGCUUUGCACACUCUUGGCAUUCUGUCAACCAGCUUCACCUGGAAUGCUUUUCCAACAGUCUUGAAGGAGUUCCCACAUAUGCUGAGCACUUGUUGGCUGCGUUUCCUUCAAUCUCCAACUCAUGUCAAACCAUCUCAAUUGGGUUGAGGUCGGGUGAUUGUGGAAGCCAGGUCGUCUGAUGCAGCACUCCAUCACUCUCCUUCUUGAUCAAAUAGCCCUUACACAGCCUGGAGGUGUGUUGGGUCAUUGUCCUGUUGAAAAACAAAUGAUAGUCCCACUAAGCCCAAACCAGAUGGGAUGGCGUAUAGCUGCAGAAUGCUGUGGUAGCCAUGCUGGUUAAGUGUGCCUUGAAUUCUAAAUAAAUCACAGACAGUGUCACCAGCAAAGCACCUCCACAACAUCACACAUCCUCCUCCAUGCUUCACGGUGGGAACCACACAUGCAGAGAUCAUCCGUUCACCUACUCUGCGUCUCACAAAGACACGGUGGUUGGAACCAAAAAUCUCAAAUUUGGACUCAUCAGAGCAAAGGACAGAUUUCCACUGGUCUAAUGUCCAUUGCUCGUGUUUCUUGGCCCAAGCAAGUCUCUUCUUCUUAUGUGUCCUUUAGUAGUGGUUUCUUUGCAGCAAUUUGACCAUGAAGGCCUGAUUCACGCAAUCUCUUCUGAACAGUUGAUGUUGAGAUGUGUCUGUUACUUGAGCAUUUAUUUAUUUUAGGUUACUACAUGAUUCCAUAUGUGUUAUUUCAUAGUUUUGAUGUCUUCACUAUUAUUCUACAGUGUAGAAAAUAGUAAAAAUAAAGAAAAACCCUUGAAUGAGUAGCUGUGUCCAGACUUUUGACUGGUACUGUGUGUGUAUAUAUGGGCCUGCCGGUGUAACUGCUUGCUGUACACUGUACUGCAUGAUUGUAACGGGUUUACUAAUGCGUUAGUUCUAGUAGCUAUGUUGACUAUGACGUCAGCUAAUAUGGUGACAACGAUGUAGGCUGUGUGUAGUGGUUAUGGUAUGGGUGGCUACUUUGAAGAAUCUCAAAUAUACAAUACAGUAAAAAAUAAAGAAAAACCCUGGAAUGAGUAGGUGUCCAAACUUUUGACUGGUACUGUGUGUGUGUGUGUGUGUGUGUGUGUGUGUGUGUGUGUGUGUGUGUGUAUAUAUGUAUACAGUGGGGGAAAAAAGUAUUUAGUCAGCCACCAAUUGUGCAAGUUCUCCCACUUAAAAAGAUGAGAGAGGCCUGUAAUUUUCAUCAUAGGUACACGUCAACUAUGACAGACAAAAUGAGAAUUUUUUUUCCAGAAAAUCACUUUGUAGGAUUUUUAAUGAAUUUAUUUGCAAAUUAUGGUGGAAAAUAAGUAUUUGGUCAAUAACAAAAGUUUCUCAAUACUUUGUUAUAUACCCUUUGUUGGCAAUGACAGUCUUCACAAGGUUUUCACACACUGUUGCUGGUAUUUUGGCCCAUUCCUCCAUGCAGAUCUCCUCUAGAGCAGUGAUGUUUUGGGGCUGUUGCUGGGCAACACGGACUUUCAACUCCCUCCAAAGAUUUUCUAUGGGGUUGAGAUCUGGAGACUAGCUAGGCCACUCCAGGACCUUGAAAUGCUUCUUAUAAAGCCACUCCUUCGUUGCCCGGGCGGUGUGUUUGGGAUCAUUGUCAUGCUGAAAGACCCAGCCACGUUUCAUCUUCAAUGCCCUUGCUGAUGGAAUCUCACGAUACAUGGCCCCAUUCAUUCUUUCCUUUACACGGAUCAGUCGUCCUGGUCCCUUUGCAGAAAAACAGCCCCAAAGCAUGAUGUUUCCACCCCCAUGCUUCACAGUAGGUAUGGUGUUCUUUGGAUGCAAAGUUAUAUUUUGGUUUCAUCUGACCAUAUGACAUUCUCCCAAUCCUCUUCUGGAUCAUCCAAAUGCACUCUAGCAAACUUCAGACGGGCCUGGACAUGUACUGGCUUAAGCAGGGGGACACGUCUGGCACUGCAGGAUUUGAGUCCCUGGCGGCGUAGUGUGUUACUGAUGGUAGGCUUUGUUACUUUGGUCCCAGCUCUCUGCAGGUCAUUCACUAGGUCCCCCCGUGUGGUUCUGGGAUUUUUGCUCACCGUUCUUGUGAUCAUUUUGACCCCACGGGGUGAGAUCUUGCGUGGAGCCCCAGAUCGAGGGAGAUUAUCAGUGGUCUUGUAUGUCUUCCAUUUCCUAAUAAUUGCUCCCACAGUUGAUUUCUUCAAACCAAGCUGCUUACCUAUUUCAGAUUCAGUCUUCCCAGCCUGGUGCAGUUCUACAAUUUUGUUUCUGGUGUCCUUUGACAGCUCUUUGGUCUUGGCCAUAGUGGAGUUUGGAGUGUGACUGUUUGAGGUUGUGGACAGGUGUCUUUUAUACUGAUAACAAGUUCAAACAGGUGCCAUUAAUACAGGUAAUGAGUGGAGGACAGAGGAGCCUCUUAAAGAAGAAGUUACAGGUCUGUGAGAGCCAGAAAUCUUGCUUGUUUGUAGGUGACCAAAUACUUAUUUUCUACCAUAAUUUGCAAAUAAAUUCAUAAAAAAUCCUACAAUGUGAUUUUCUGGAGAAAAAAAAUCUCAAUUUGUCUGUCAUAGUUGACGUGUACCUAUGAUGAAAAUUACAGGCCUCUCUCAUCUUUUUAAGUGGGAGAACUUGCACAAUUGGUGGCUGACUAAAUACUUUUUUCCCCCACUGUAUGUGUGUGUGUGUAUGUAUGUAUGUAUGUAUGUAUGUAUGUAUGUAUGUAUGUACUUAGAGGAGGAUGGAAACUAGCUGUCCUCCGGCUACACCAUGGCGCUACCCCAGAGAGUGCUGUUGAGGCUACUGUAGACCUUCAUUGCAAAACAGUGUGUUUGAAUUAAUUAUUUGGUGACGUGUAUAGUUUUAUCUAAAAAGGAUAACUUUUUUUAAAUGUUUCACUAUUUACAUUUUUCUGAAAUUCAUUGAGGAGGAUGGUCCUCUACUUCUUCGUCUGAGGCGCCUCCUCUGCCUGAUACUCUCAUGAGUCAAGGUUGACCCACCCCUUAGUCCACUCCUUUCCUCCACAACACCAACAAUUACAAACUUGAGUGAUACCCUCUACUUGUGUGUUCCACAGAGAAGUAUAUUGUUUAAUGGUAGUUGCCGAGUUUUAACAGGCAGUCUUUGUAAAUCAAAAUGUGCUCUUAACAUAAAAUAAAAGUGAGUGUGCCCAGCUUUCGUCAACAGAUUGUGUAUAAUGGUAAAUAAAAAUGAUUUGAAAUUCCAGUAAAGUAGUGAAUAAAAAAAUCCUCAUAGGAAACAAUAUGGAGUUUUCUAAUUAUGAGUUUCAUUUUGAUUCACUUUCUACAUUGACUGAAUUGAAAACGGAAUGGGCCUAAACCCUGUUCAGUGUAUAUACCCCUUGGUGAUCUCUCUCUCUCAUCACACAUCUCUCCCUCGAUCCUCCUCCAUCAGGAGUGGGUGGGCGAGCGCUGUCUUAAGUCCCUGUCGGAGGACAGCAGUGCCCUGCAGGACCCGGUGCUGGUCAACAUCCAGGCCCAGCGGCUGCUGCAGCUCAUCUGCUACCCCCACCGCCAGCUGGACAGUGAGGAGGGGGACAACCCCCAGAGGCAGCGCAUCAAACGCAUCCUCCAGGUCAGCCCACACAAGCCCCCAGCACUGACAACAGGGCCGCGUUGUGGAAUAUUCAGAUGAACAAAAUAUUAUGUAGAACAAACAUGCCUUUCUAUAAUGUAGAAUAAGGAAUCACGCCCUGACAACGGACAGCACUUCUCAUGAGCAGAGUAUACUUUUUUUCACUUUUCCCUCAAGGGCAGCAGAUGUAUGACCUAAAACCUUUUUCUGGAAAUUGCUUUCAAAUGGUUUCUUUGAAGCCAUCGAGGCCAGUUGUAAGUGAAUCAGUGUUAGCCCUAGAUGAUCUUUGGGGAUGGCAGAGCGAGCACAGCAGACGGCACAUCCAUUAGAAAUGGGGGGUUGUGGGUGCUAGAAUUAAUCAGUUGGUGAACUUUCUCUGAACCCCUGCCAUAGCUCAGCGGACCACAUUAGGGUAUAUGAGUGUUCUGAGUUUUCUGAAUGGCAUUACUGCCAUCUGCUGACUAAAGCAGAGCUACAGGGAGCGUGGUAAACUAUGAUGCUAAGUCUCUCUGUGACAACUGCUUGGGGAUUGUUGUGAUAUAUACAACUGUCUAAAAGUUGUGUCCCAUCCUCCCGGCUCUAGAACAUGGACCAGUGGACCAUGAGACAGUCGUCCCUGGAGCUGCAGCUCAUGAUCAAGCAGAGUACUAACAACGUAAGUAACCAGACUCCAGUGUCCUGUAAGGCCCUCAAAACACUGACAACACUGCCAUCUAGUCAAAAUUAAGCAUGAUAUGACCUUUACAUUUUAGUCAUUUAGUUAACGCUCUUAUCCAGAGCGACUUACAAGAGCAAUUAGGGUUAAGUGCUUGCUCAAGUGCACAUCAACAGAUUUUUCGAACCAGCGACCUUUCGGUUACUGGCCCAACGCUCUUAACUGCUAGGCGGUCUGCCGCCCAAUGAUAUUGCUCAAAAUAUAGAUUUUGAAUACAAUUCAUCUGUAAAGUUCACAAGUGUGCCUCUGGUUCAAUUGAGUGCAUAGCGAUAUAGAAUGAAAGUGGCUUGUGUCAAAACCCUUCAUAACUGUAGAAUGUGCUAGUAAUGGCAGCCAUCUUGGUCAGGGAUAGAUUCCCUGUCAUUGAGUGUAAGUGGAUGAACUCGUCUUCCUUGUCUCCCUGCAGGAGCUGUACUCCCUAUUGGAGAACAUCGCCAAGGUCACCAUAGAGGUGUUCCAGAAGUCAGCGGAGAUGAACUCCAGCAACCCCUCAGGAAACGGCUCGGCCGGCGCGGGAGGCUCCGCCUCCAACAGCAACAACACUAGCAAGACGAAACCAGUGUUGAGGUGUGUGUGACCUUUAUAAAUUCUCCCUCCCAUUUUAAAAAUAUGUAGGAAUAUUGAGUUCACUGAGAAAUCACAUGGUAAAAUGGUUAUUUGCUAUAUAAUUAUUUGAUUAUAGCUUUUCUGUGAGAUACAUUGAAACGAGCAUUUCUUUUAAUAUUUUGUUUUUUAAUCAUAGGUACUAGCAAUUGUCAAAUUUCAACCAGAUAAUAUCAGUUUUCACAUAAUCUCUUUUGGUAAAACCAUUUGAGUUAGCUAAAGCAGUGUUUCCCAACUCAGGUCCUCGUUUGUUGUAGCCCUGGACAAAAACACCUGAUUCAACUUAUUUGACAAGUAGAAUCAGGUGUGCUUGUCCGGGGCCACAACAAAAAUAUGUAUUGUUGGGGAUACUCGAGGAUCAUCAAACAUGCUUUCUCAUUGUUGUUGAUAUCUAACCUUAGUGUAACAUCUCAUUAUUUUUGUUUGUGUACCUCCCCAGUUCGUCAGAGCGGUCAGGUGUGUGGCUGGUGGCGCCACUGAUAGCCAAGCUGCCCACCUCAGUCCAGGGCCACGUCCUGAAGGCGGCAGGGGAGGAGCUGGAGAAGGGCCAGCAUCUGGGAUCCUCCUCACGCAAGGAGAGGGACCGGCAGAAACAGAAAAGGUCAGACAACUCACCCCUGAGGAACCCCUUUUUUGUAAUGGUCCCAACAGAUAUACAGUAUAGAUCAAUAAACACACAGCUCAGGACUGGCCCCCUCUUUCAGAAAAGUUUGUUUUAGUGGGUGUCAAAAACAGGGGCUUUAUGAGGUGCUAUUUUGGGUUAUGUAAAUAAUGCUCAUUUUAUCAACAUGGUUGUACUCUCAUCCAGAAACAUAAUACUCUGCUCUAUUAUUAUAAUUUUUUUGCCCCAGCUUUCAUAUUUCCAAAUUCAUAGUGGAUGUAUUGCCUUUACACAUUUGUCUGUUUCCAGCAUGUCUCUGCUGAGCCAGCAGCCCUUCCUAUCUCUGGUGCUGACCUGUCUAAAAGGCCAGGAUGAACAGAGGGAGGGCCUCCUCACCUCCCUCUACAGCCAGGUGCAGCAGGUAAGACCCAACACAGCCUCUCCCCCAUCUUCCUAUCCCACCUCACCCCCUCUAUUAGGCCCAAAUCCCAACUUGAGAUCUGUGUGCAUAACGGUUUCAUUGACAUCAAUUUACACAAAAGUCCAAGUGUGUGCAUCUCAAGUGAGGAUUCCGUCCUCCGUGUGCUCACUGUUGGCAAAAUCUGCCAUCUCAUGCUGACUGAUGCAAUUGGCUGCAUUUCCAUCUUCCAGAUUGUAACGAACUGGCGGGAGGACCAGUACCAGGAUGACUGCAAGGCUAAGCAGAUGAUGCACGAGGCACUGAAGCUGCGGCUCAAUCUGGUGAGGUUUCUUCGUCACCACUACGAUCAUCAUCAUUAUCAUAGUCAUGUGAUAUCCCUGUCAUGCCUGAAAGUGGUAAAUUGUCCAAUAUCAGAUAAGGCCAGACGGAAUCUAAGGGGACAGAAAGUACCUCUGGAAACAAAUCAAACCCAGUUAGUUACUGCUACAGAACACUGAUGUUUUGUCCAUUUAAAAGUACAAAGAGAUGUAGAGGUCGAAAAUGUAUUAAGAAAAACUACAUGCAAAUUCUCUCUGGCCCUUGAUAAGAGUGUCAUGAAUGUUUCUGAAUUGCAUACUAAUGCCCUGUUAACAUCAUGAUGUAUUUCAUUACGCCGUACGUCACCUUCAUGGACGGAGAGCAUAGGAUAGGGUUUCACAACGCAAGAUAAGAUGGAAUAGAGUCUCUCGUCAGAGAUGGCAUUUAUUUUGGGAGAUUGCAAAAUAUGACAUUUUCAUUCAAGACAGGAGAAGCAUGCUGUUUCAGUUGAUAAUAAAACAUGUCUUGUUAGUAAUUUUUUCCUCAACUUGUUUCUAUAAUCGUUUUAGCAAGUCAAGCUAGCUUGCACUGUAAAGCGUCAAGCUAGCUUGCACUGUAAAGCGUCAAGCUAGCUUGCACUGUAAAGCGUCAAGCUAGCUUGCACUGUAACAGCCAACGUAGUACUCACUUAUAGGAAUGGGUAAUUGUUUACAAGUUGCUAGCUAUCCCGUAAAGCCAUCACCACAUAUUUUCAUCUUCUGCGGUUUGGUAACUUCCCGUCCUUCGACGGACUCUGGCUGGACUGAAGACGACGCAAAGUUUGGAAAAUUUAAAAGUAUGCGGCAUCCUUCUCACAAGCCUUCAAUCGCAAGGGGGCGUUACGAUUCCACUCCGUUGUGGACGUCCCCAUUGAAAUGCAUGACAUCUGGCGCAACGUAACGGAGUGCUUAUGGGUAAUGUGAACGAGGCUUAAGAUGAAAUUGGAUGUCUUAUCUUUGCUCUCCAGGUAGGUGGGAUGUUUGACACGGUACAACGCAGCACACAGCAGACCACCGAGUGGGCUGUGCUACUCCUCGACAUCAUCAGCAGCGGUACAGUGGACAUGCAGUCCAACAAGUAAGUCCCAACACACCUGCUCACACAUUUUAAACUUCAUCAGCUUUACUUCAUGUGUUCAUUUGUUGUUAAGAUGGUAAUGUCAACAUGUAAAGUAUCUGUAAAGUACCUGACGUGUGUGUGAUUUCUCUUCUCCCUCUGUCCGUCUCUCUCGCUCUCUUCCUUUUUUUUCUCUCAGUGAGCUCUUCACUACGGUUCUGGACAUGCUGAGUGUGCUGAUUAACGGCACGCUGGCUGCUGACAUGUCCAGCAUCUCUCAGGGCAGCAUGGAGGAGAACAAGAGGGCUUACAUGAACCUGGUCAAGAAGCUCCGGGUAAGAUCACACACAUCACACUGGAUGUACACUGAGUGUAGAAAACAUUAGGUUCACCUGCUCUUUCCAUGACAGACUGACCAAGUGAAUCCAUGUGAAAGCUAUGAUCCCUUAUUGAUGUCACUUGUUAAACCCACUUCAAUCAGUGUAGAUGAAGGGGAGGAGACAGGUUAAAGAAGGAUUUUUAAGCAUUGAGACAAUUGAGACAUGGAUUGUGUAUGUGUGCCAUUCAGAGGGUGAAUGGGCAAUACAAAAUAUUUAAGUGCUUUUGAACGGGGUAUGGUAGUAAGUGCCAGGCGCACCGGUUUGAGUGUGUCAAGAACUGCAACAUUGCUGGGUUUUUCACGCUCAACAAUGUGUAUCAAGAAUGGUCCACCAGCCAACUUGACACAACUGUGGGAAGCAUUGGAGUCAACAUGGGCUUUCGACACCUUGUAGAGUCCAUGCCCCGACGAAUUGAGGCUGUUCUGAGGGCAAAAGGGUAUGCAACUCAAUAUUAGGAAGGUGUUCUUAAUGUUUUGUACUCUCCGUGUAUAUGUGGAAUAUAUAAUAAUAUAUGUCCUAUGUAGCAGAGUAUUCCGUUAUUAUUGUAUUUUAUUUAUGUAUUUAAGUCAAUGGAGAGGAAGUUCAGGAGAAAAAACAAAACAAAAUAUAACUAUUGUAAAAUUGACUGUGUCCAUAAAAUGUGUAUAGUAUGUAUAAGCUGGAAGUAGAGGCCUAAGCGUUGUUGUUCACUAGUUUACGCCAAUUAGGGGAUGGGUGGUGGGGUUGGAAAGUAAAAGGAAAAUACAGUGCCUUGCAAAAAUAUUAAUCCACUUGGCGUUUUUCCUAUUUUGUUGCAUUACAAGCUGUAAUUUAAAUGGAUUUUUAUUUGGAUUUCAUGUAAUGGACAUACACGAAAUGGUCCAAAUUGGUGAAGUGGAAUGAAAAAAAUUACUUGUUUCCAAAAAAAUUCUCAAAGAUAAAUAAUGGAAAAGUGGUGCGUACAUAUGUAUUCACUCCCUUUGCUAUGAAGCCCCUAAAUAAGAUCUGGUGCAACCAAUUACCUUCAGAAGUCACAUAAUUAGUUAGAUUGCACACAGGUGGACUUUAUUUAAGUGUCACAUGAUCUCAGUAUUAUAUACACCUGUUCUGAAAGGCCCCAGAGUCUGCAACACCACUAGGCAAAGGGCACCACCAAGCAAGCGGCACCAUGAAGACCAAGGAGCUCUCCAAACAGGUCAGGGACAAAGUUGUGGAGUAGUACAGAUCAGGGUUGAGUUAUAAAAAAAUAUCAGAAACUUUGAACAUCCCACGGAGCACCAUUAAAUCCAUUAAUUUUUUUUAAUGGAAAGAAUAUGGCACUACCACAAACCUGCCAAGAGAGGGCCGCCCACCAAAAGUCACGGACCAGGCACGGAGGGCAUUAUUGAGGCAACAAAGAGACCAAAGAUAACCCUGAAGGAGCUGGAAAGCUCCACAGCGGAGAUUGGAGUAUCUGUCCAUAGGACCACUUGAAGCCGUACACUCCACAGAGCUGGGCUUUACGGAAGAGUGGCCAGAAAAAAGCCAUUGCUUAAAGAAAAAAAUAAGCAAACACAUUUGGUGUUUGCCAAAAGGCAUGUGGGAGACUCCCCAUAUGGAAGAAUGGUACUCUGGUCAGAUGAGACUAACAUUAAGCUUUUUGGCCAUCAAGGAAAAUGCUAUGUCCGGCGCAAACCCAACACCUCUCAUCACCCCGAGAACACCAUCCCCAUAGUGAAGCAUGGUGGUGGCAGCAUCAUGCUGUGGGGAUGUUUUUCAUCGGCAGGGACUGGGAAACUGGUCAGAAUUGAAGGAAUGAUGGAUGGCGCUGAAUACAGGGAAAUUCUUAAGGGAAACCUGUUUCAGUCUUCCAGAGAUUUGAGACUGGGACGGAGGUUCACCUUCCAGCAAGACAAUGACCCUAAGCAUACUGCUAAAGCAACACUCGAGUGGUUUAAGGGGAAACAUUUAAAUGUAUUGGAAUGGCCUAGUCAAAGCCCAGACCUCAAUCCAAUUGAGAAUCUGUGGUAUGACUUAAAGAUUGCUGUACACCAGCGGAACCCAUCCAACUUGAAGGAGCUGGAGCAGUUUUGCCUUGAAGAAUAGGAAGAAAUCCCAGUGGCUAGAUGUGCCAAGCUUAUAGUGGGAAGCUUGUGGAAGGCUACCCAAAGCGUUUGACCCAAGUUAAACAAUUUAAAGGCAAUGCUACCAAAUACUAAUUGAGUGUAUGUAAACUUCUGACCAACUGGGAAUGUGCUGAAAGAAAUAAAAGCUGAAAUAAAUCAUUCUCUCUACUAUUAUUGUGACAUUUCACAUUCUUAAAAUAAAGUGGUGAUCCUAACUGACCUAAGACAGGGAAUUGUUACUAGGAUUAAAUGUCAGGAAUUGUGAAAAACUGAGUUUAAAUGUAUUUGGCUAAGGUGUAUGUAAACUUCCGCCUUCAACUGUGUACAUACACUGCUCAAAAAAAUAAAGGGAACACUAAAAUAACACAUCCUAGAUCUGAAUGAAUGAAAUAAUCUUAUUAAAUACUUUUUUCUUUACAUAGUUGAAUGUGCUGACAACAAAAUCACACAAAAAUGAUCAAUGGAAAUCAAAUGUAUCAACCCAUGGAGGUCUGGAUUUGGAGUCACCCUCAAAAUUAAAGUGGAAAACCACAUUACAGGCUGAUCCAACUUUGAUGUAAUGUCCUUAAAACAAGUCAAAAUGAGGCUCAGUAGUGUGUGUGGCCUCCACGUGCCUGUAUGACCUCCCUCCAACGCCUGGGCAUGCUCCUGAUGAAGUGGUGGAUGGUCUCCUGAGGGAUCUCCUCCCAGACCUGGACUAUAGCAUCCGCCAACUCCUGGACAGUCUGUGGUGCAACGUGGCGUUGGUGGAUGGAGCGAGACAUGAUGUCCCAGAUGUGCUCAAUUGGAUUCAGGUCUGGGGAACGGGCGGGCCAGUCCAUAGCAUCAAUGCCUUCCUCUUGCAGGAACUGCUGACACACUCCAGCCACAUGAGGUCUAGCAUUGUCUUGCAUUAGGAGGAACCCAGGGCCAACCGCACCAGCAUAUGGUCUCACAAGGGGUCUGAGGAUCUCAUCUCGGUACCUAAUGGCAGUCAGGCUACCUCUGGCGAGCACAUGGAGGGCUGUGCGGCCCCCCAAAGAAAUGCCACCCCACACCAUGACUGACCCACCGCCAAACCGGUCAUGCUGGAGGAUGUUGCAGGCAGCAGAACGUUCUCCACGGCGUCUCCAGACUCUGUCACGUCUGUCACAUGCUCAGUGUGAACCUGCUUUCAUCUGUGAAGAGCACAGGGCGCCAGUGGUGAAUUUGCCAAUCUUGGUGUUCUCUGGCAAAUGCCAAACAUCCUGCACGGUGUUGGGCUGUAAGCACAACCCCCACCUGUGGACGUCGGGCCCUCAUACCACCCUCAUGGAGUCUGUUUCUGACCGUUUGAGCAGACACAUGCACAUUUGUGCCUGCUGGGGGUCAUUUUGCAGGGCUCUGGCAGUGCUCCUCCUUGCUCAAUGGCGGAGGUAGCAGUCCUGCUGCUGGGUUGUUGCCCAUCCUACGGCCUCCUCCACGUCUCCUGAUGUACUGGCCUGUCUCCUGGUAGCGCCUCCAUGCUUUGGACACUACGCUGACAGACACAGCAAACCUUCUUGCCACAGCUCGCAUUGAUGUGCCAUCCUGGAUGAGCAGCACUACCUGAGCCACUUGUGUGGGUUGUAGACUCCGUCUCAUGCUACCACUAGAGUGAAAGCACCGCCAGCAUUCAAAAGUGACCAAAACAUCAGCCAGGAAGCAUAGGAACUGAGAAGUGGUCUGUGGUCACCAACUUCAAAACCAGUCCUUUAUUGGGGGUGUCUUGCUAAUUGCCUAUAAUUUCCACAUGUUGUCUAUUCCAUUUGCACAACAGCAUGUGAAAUGUAUUGUCAAUCAGUGUUGCUUCCUAAGUGGACAGUUUGAAUUCACAGAAGUGUGAUUGACUUGGAGUUACAUUGUGUUGUUUAAGUGUUCCCUUUAUUUUUUUGAGCUGUGUGUGUGUGUGUAUAUAUAUAUAUAUGUGUGUGUGUGUGUGUGUGUGUGUGUUACUUAUUUUUUUAUAUAUAUAUAUAUAUAUAUAUAUAUAUAUAUAUAUAUAUAUAUAUAUAUAUAUAUAUAUAUAUAUAUAUAUGGGAUUGGAAGUGAUGCAGACAAUUACAUUGAUGGAAGUUAGUCUAUCUGCAAUAUUAAAGCUGAUCUACCCCCCCCAAAAAAAGGCAAUGGAAAGGUGUUAUGCUCGGUGUUUGCCACAAGAGGUCCCCUCUCGCCUAGAAUUCAGUUAGAGUCGAGCAACUGUCAAACAGACACUAGGAAGUAUCUCAAUUCAAUACUAUUUGUAUCUUUAUUUCAAGGUGUUUGGCUCGUUCUCUACUCCGAAAGGUGUCAAUAACUCUACUGUUGUGGUGUGUAUUUGCAGAAAGAGCUGGGCGACCGGCAGUCGGAGAGCCUGGAGAAGGUGCGGCAGCUGCUCCCUCUGCCCAAGCAGACCCGUGACGUCAUCACGUGUGAACCUCAGGGUUCGCUCAUCGACACCAAGGGCAACAAGAUUGCCGGCUUUGAAAAGGAGGUGAGUACUAUGAGCUUUUACCCUUGGAAUUGUUGAAUGUAUUACUGUUUCUCUGUCACAAAGAUAUUGACUAUUUCUAGCCCACAUGGUUCUUCAUAAACUCUUGUCUUUCAGCUGUUCACUAGGAAUGGCUUCAAUAACUUCCAUAAAUAGCAGACCUGGGUUCAAAUACUAUGUUUAUUUCAAAUACUUGAUUGAGCUUGCCUGGCGUAAUGAAACCAAUUAAAUAGUCCCAAAUCUGUAAACCAUGCCCAUAUGGUACUCCAGGCCCCUUCAAAUGGUCAAAGUUUAUUAGGGAAAACAAAUAGUAUUUGAACCCAGGUCUGCUAAAUACUUAUGCAUUUAGACCUCUUAAUUGUCAGGAUCAAUUUGGGGCAACACCAGUCUCCAAUAAUUGUGAUCUAUACCUAUAUAAAACCACCUCUCUCUCCUUUUCCAUCAGGGCCUCCAGGUGUCGACCAAGCAGAAGAUCUCUCCGUGGGACGUGUUCGAGGGCCUCAAGCACUCGGCCCCUCUCUCCUGGGGCUGGUUCGGGACGGUGCGCGUGGACCGUAAGGUCACCAAGUUCGAGGAGCAGCAGCGCUUCCUCCUCUACCACACCCACCUGAAGCCCAAGCCACGCAGCUACUACCUGGAGCCCCUCCCCCUGCCCCCUGAGGAGGAGGAGCCGCCCACGCCCGUGCCCCAGGAGCACGAGAAGAAGAUUGGUGGAGGCGGUGAAGCCGGAGAAGAGCGUCCCUGCAGUGUCAUCCGACUCAACCAAGAAAAAGACCAAGAAGAAGAAGACUCCGUCCACCAGCAAAACUGAGGUGAGGGAGACACACUGGGACAGGUCCUGUCCAGCAAAGCUGAGGUGAGGGAGACACACUGGGACAGGUGCUGUCCAGGAACAACUACUAGCUAGGCCCUAUUAGGGCUGUGGCGGUCACAAAAUGUAGUCAGCAUUGUGAUUGUCAAGCAAAUAACUGUCGGUCUCACGGUAAUUGACCAUUAAUUAACAAACACAUUUAGCAUCUCCUGGCUUCCACACAUAGCCUACAAGCCACUGAUGCAGACCUUUGGAACAUCUACAUUAGAAAAAAUUCUAGUAAAUCCAUGUAAUAUAGCCUACACCUUCACAAUAAAUCCAUUAUUUCUUUUAGACGGGUCUAAAGAAACAUGAUAUGAAGAAAAUGUACUCUAUUUCAGAACAACAGAAUAGCAUACUCUGAGUUGUCCUUAUGUUAGGUCGUGAUCUGGCUAUGCCAAAUGGCUGUGGGCUACACUAGUUAAUUUAGCAGACAAGAUUUGCUUAGAAUUCCAUGGCAUUAUUUUAUAUUAUUUUAUAGUAUGAAGAAUACAAUUGAACAAAGCUGAAUAAAAUAGAAAGGAUAUUUUCUCCAAAUGAUUUGAGGGAGUGCGCACAUGCGGCUAUUCUGUGUUGAGCGGUUAACAAAGAAAUAGGUAUUCCUAUAUGCUUAAUUUAGAGUUAUUAAUGUAACUGUAGUUGUUCUACAAACGUUGGCCUAUAUGUUUAGAUUUUUAGUGCCUUCGGGAAGUAUUCAGACCCCUUGACUUUUUCCACAUUCUGUUACGUUACAGCCUUAUUCUGAAAUUAAUUAAAUAAAUAAAAAUCCUCAGCAAUCUACAAACAACAAUAUCCCAUAAUGACAAAGCGAAAACAGGUUUUUAGACAUUUUUGCAAAUCUAUAAAAAUAACAUACCUUAUUUACAUAAGUAUUCAGCCCCUUUGCAAUGAGACUCCAAAUUGAGCUCAGGUGCAUACUGUUUCCAUUGAUCAUCCUUGAUGUUUCUACAACUUGAUUGGAGUCCACCUGUGGUAAAUUCAAUUGAUUGGACAUUAUCUGGAAAGGCACACAGCUGUCUAUAAGGUCCCACGGUUGACAGUGCAUAGCACAAAAGCCAAGCCAUGAGGUUGAAGGAAUUGUCUGUAGAGCUCCGAGACUGGAUUGUGUCGAGGCACAGAUCUGGGGAAGGGUACCAAAAAAUGUCUGUAGCAUUGAAGGUCCCCAAGAACACAGUGGCCUCCCUCAUUCUUAAAUGGAAGAUGUUUGGAACCACCAAGACUCUUCCUAGAGCUGGCCACCCGGCCAAACUGAGCAAUCAUGGGAGAAGGACUUUGGUCAUGGGAGGUGACCAAGAACCUGAUGGUCACUCUGACAGAGCUCUAGAGUUCCUCUGUGGAGAUGGGAGAACCUUCCAAAAGAACAAACAUCUCUGCAGCACUCCACCAAUCAGGCCUUUAUGGUAGAGUGGCCAGACGGAAGCAUCUCCUCAGUAAAAGGCACAUGACAGCCCGCUUGGGAGUUUGCCAAAAGGUACCUAAAGAUCUCAGACCAUGAGAAACAAGAUUCUCUGGUCUGAUGAAACCACGAUUGAACUCUUUGGCCUGAAUGCCAAGCGUCACGUCUGGAGGAAACCUGGCACAAUCCCUACGGUGAAGCAUGGUGGUGGCAGCAUCAUGCUGUGGGGAUGUUUUUCAGUGGCAGAGACUAUGAGACUAGUCAGGAUCGAGGCAAAGAUUAACGGAGCAGAGUACAUAGAGAUCCUUGAUGAAAACCUGCUCAGGACCUCAGACUGGUGCAAAGGUUCACCUUCCAACAGGACAACGACCCUAAGCACACAGCCAAGACAACUCGGGAGUGGCUUCGGGACAAGUCUCUGAAUGUCCUUGAGUGUCCCAGCCAGAGCCUGGACUUGAACCCGAUCUAAAAUCUCUGGAGAGACCUGAAAAUAGCUGUGCAGCGACGCUCCCCAUCCAACCUGACAGAGCUUGAGAGGAUCUUCAGAGAAGAAUGGGAGAAACUCCCCAAAUACAGGUGUGCCAAGCUUGUAGCAUGUUACCCAAGAAGAAUCAAUGCUGUAAUCGCUGUCAAAGGUGCUUCAACAAAGUACUGUGUAAAGAGUCUGAAUAUUUGUGUAAAUGUGACAUUUCUAAAAAGCUGUUUUUGCUUUGUCAUUAUGGGGUAUUGUGUUUAGAUUGAUAAGGGGAAAAAAGCAAUGUAAUACAUUUUUGAAUGGGUGUAACGUAACAAAAUGUCGAAAAAGUCAAGGGGUCUGAAUACCUUCCGAAGGCACUAUGUGUGAAAUACCUGUCUCGAAGCAGGGGGGAAAAUACAUUUCAUCCAGCAAAUGGAGACAUUUCCCGUGGUUCAUUUUCAUGCCAGCCAGGUAGGCUAUACUCAUUUUUUACAUUUGAGUCAUUUAGCAGACGCUCUUAUCCAGAGCGACUUACAGUUAGUGAGUGCAUACAUUUUUCAUACUCCUGUUGUAAAGAUAAGCAAUGUGCUUAGUAUUAGAACAUUUGAGAAGUAAUUAUAAACUCUGCAAAAAAGAAACGUCCCUUUUACAGGACCUUGUCUUUCAAAGAUAAUUCGUAAACAAUUAAUGAACAUGCAUCUGUGGAAAUGUCGUUAAGACACUAACAGCUUACAGACGGUAGGCAAUUAAGGUCACAGUUAUGAAAACUUAGGACAAUAAAGAGGCCUUUCUACUGACUCUGGAAAAACACCAAAAGAAAGAUGCCCAGGGUCCCUGCUCAUCUGCGUGAACGUGCCUUAGGCAUGCUGCAAGGAAGCAUGAGGACUGCAGAUGUGGCCAGGGCAAUAGAUUGCAAUGUCCGUACUGUGAGACGCCUAAGACAGCCCUACAGCGAGACAGGGCGGACAGCUGAUCGUCCUUGCAGUGGCAGACCACGUGUAACAACACCUGCACAGGAUCGGUACAUCCGAACAUCACACCUGCGGGACAGGUACAGGAUGGCAACAACAACUGCCCGAGUUACACCAGGAACGCACAAUCCCUCCAUCAGUGCUCAGACUGUCCGCAAUAUGCUGAGAGAGGCUGGACUGAGGGCUUGUAGGCCUGUUGUAAGGCAGGUCCUCACCAGACAUCACUGGCAACAACGUCGCCUAUGGGCACAAACCCACCGUCGCUGGACCUGACAGGACUGGCAAAAAGUGCUCUUCACUGACUAGUCGCGGUUUUGUCUCACCAGGGGUGAUGGUCGGAUUAGCGUUUAUUGUUGAAGGAAUGAGCAUUACACCAAGGCCUGUACUCUGGAGCGGGAUCGAUUUGGAGGUGGAGGGUCCUUCAUGGUCUGGGGCGGUGUGUCACAGCAUCAUCGGACUGAGCUUGUUGUCAUUGCAGGCAAUCUCAACGCUGUGCGUUACAGGGAAGACAUCUUCCUCCCUCAUGUGGUACCCUUCCUGCAGACUCAUCCUGACAUGACACUCCAGCAUGACAAUGCCACCAGCCAUACUGCUCGUUCUGUGUUCUGCCAUGGCCAGCGAAGAGCCCGGAUCUCCAUCCCAUUGAGCACAUCUGGGACCUAUUGGAUCGGAGGGUGAGGGCUAGGGCCAUUCCCCCCAGAAAUGUCCAGGAACUUGCAGGUGCCUUGGUGGAAGAGUGGGGUAACAUCUCACAGCAAGAACUGGCAAAUAUGGUGCAGUCCAUGAGGAGGAGAUGCACUGCAGUACUUAAUGCAGCUGGUGGCCACACCAGAUACUGACUGUUACUUUUUAUUCUGACCCCCCCUUUGUUCGUGGACACAUUAUUCAAUUUAUGUUAGUCACAUGUCUGUGGAACAUGUUCAGUUUAUGUCUCAGUUGUUGAAUCUUAUGUUCAUACAAAUAUUUACAUGUUAAGUGUGCUGAAAAUAAACGCAGUUGACAGUGAGAGGAUGUUUCUUUUUUUGCUGAGUUUAGUAGGCCAAGCCUAUAGAAAGCUAAUGGGAUCCACCACUUUUUAAUAGAGGCCAUCACUCUGUUUUCUCGGGCAAUUGCAUAGCCUAUAGGGUCCCCGAGUGGCGCAGUGGUCUAAGGCACUGCAGCGCAGUGCUAGCUGUGCCACUAGAGAUCCUGGUUCGAAUCCAGGAUCUCUAGCGACCGGGAGACCCAUGGGGCGGCGCACAAUUGGCCCAGCGUCGUCCAGGGUAGGGGAGGGAAUGGCCGGCAGGGGUGUAGCUCAGUUGGUAGAGCAUGGCGUUUGCAACGCCAGGGUUGUGGGUUUGAUUCCCAUGGGGGGCCAGUAUAAAAAAUAAAUAAUGUAUGCACUCACUAACUGUAAGUCGCUCUGGAUAAGAGCGUCUGCUAAAUGACUAAAAUGUAAAUGUAUAGAAAUGUUGCGCAACAUGAGCUCAUGGGCUCUCAUUAAGUGUUUGAUUCGAUUUUCAAAUACAUUUGCAUUGAUGUCAGCGUGAUUAGAGGGACAAUAGAGUGCUGAGUAGCAGCCAGUUAGCAUGUUUGGUAGGCUACUAAUGACCAUCAGCAGCAUCAGAGCUUAAUCAAGCCUAAUUACCGUGACUAAGCGGUCAUGUGGAAUUUGACUGCCUUCAUGACUCGUGACCACCGGUGUGGUGGUAAUACGUUCACAGUAACAGCCCUAGGCCCUAUACCCUAGGCAUUUGUGCAGACCUGAAAGAACUGGAUAGGUAUCAAGAAUGUGGCAAACAUUCCACCUAGCCUAUCAGAAGGCAAGACUGCGUUACAACCAUAUUGCCUAUACCUGUCCAAUCCCUUCAGAUCUAGGGGAGAGGUCUUUUUGGAUUAGGCUAGUUAUGGUAGAAAUAGUACUCAUAGAUUUAUGGACUCUGAAAUCACUGAGCACUCAUGAGUGUCAUCUUGAAGAGGGAUUUGAAGGACAACAAUGUAUGCCUUGUGUAAUAAUAUGCAUUCUAAAAGUGCAAAAGCUGGAUGAUAUUGUGGUUGCACAUAUUACUAUUAUACAGUAUAUGUGUAGUAUGUCUCAUAGAAGGUGUUUGUCCUCUCUCUCCAGGACUAUGUGACCCGUUCCCAGGGUGGAGUGUCGUAUGGGACGGGUUUGCCCCCAGAGAUCCUCAUGGGCCAGCAGACUCACCCCUACAGCAGGUUAGGCUACAGCCAGCAGCCCAUGGGCAUGUACGCACAGAACCAGCCUCUGCCUCCAGGUCAGUGCCAACAUUAUCAUUGUCUAAGACCAGGGUUCUGAUUUUAGGAUCAGUUCUGCCUUUUAGAUCGUAAUGAAAACAGUUACAUGGACGGGGGUGGGGGGGACCUGAUCCUAGGCCAGCACUCCUACUCUGAUAUUGAUGAAUAUAGGCCCUGUUUUAGUUAUUACUAGUUCGUUUUUUACAUUACUAUCAUGGAAAAACACUGGAACCUGUAUUCCUCUCAUGACUGUUUAAGUGUGGCGUGUUUAGCUUGUGGUCAUCACCAACCCUGGUCAAUCGACACCAUGUUUUGUUACAGCCCAGCACUAAACACCCGAUUCCGCUUAUCAACCUAAAUCUUCAAGACCUUGAUUAGCUGAAACAGACUUUAAUGCUGGAGUGGAACAAAACCCGGCAACCCCGUAGCUCCCCCCAAGACUGUUGAAGCUUUUUGUAAUUUUGACUUAAAUUCUCAUCCUUUUCCCCUUCAGGGGGCCCUGGUUUGGACACCCCGUACCGACCAGCCCGGAACCCUCAGAUGGGCAAGAUGAUGCCCACGCGGCCCAACUACCCGGGCAUGAUGCAGGGUGGCAUGCCAGGCAUGAUGGGCAUGGAAAAGCAGUAUCCGAUGGGCUACAAGCCCCAGCCCAACAUACCGCAGGGCCAGAUCCUGCGCCAGCAUCUACAGGUCAGACUGGUGAGUCUGCAGUGACUAGACUCCAUUGGAAGGGGACAGUAGUGAGUACAGAUGCUAUUCUGGACUGGACCUACCUCAGUGAGUCGUUGAGGGGUUUGCUAGAUAUGUUAUUAACAUACUACAUACAUACAAUAGACCUUGAACCUGGAUUUCACUACGCAUGCCAUGUUGAUAAAUUUGAGUUGGAAAGGAAAGGGGGAUACCUAGUCAUUUGCACAACUGAAUGCAUUCAACCGAAAUGUGUCUUCCGCAUUUAACCCAACCCCUCUGAAUCAGAGAGGUGCGAGGGGCUGCCUUAAUCGACAUCCACGUCAUCGGCGCCCGGGGAGAAGUUGUUGUUGGGGGUUAACUGCCUUGCUCAAGGGCAGAACGGCAGAUGUUUCCACCUUGCCAGCUCGGGGAUCUGAACCAGCCCAGCGACCUUUCGGUUACUGGCCCAACACUCUUAACCGUUAAGCUCCCUGCCGCCCGUGAAAAUUAAAAAAAGUUUAACUUCAGUUGUAGAAAGUAGCACAUUGCUUUUUAAGAACGUUGGAGGAUGACCGUUGUCUCUUGUCGUUUUCAGAACCAGAGUAUGAUUGGACAACAGAUGCGACAGAUGACGCCCAACCAACAAUACAGCUCCAUGCAGCAAACUCAGGCAAGUCUUUCAGAUGAGACACUUUCGCCAAAAUGCCAUGUAAUUUCUUUCCAGAUGUAUCUGUAAAACCAGUUUUGUUAUACUUCUAUUUCCUCCACCACUGAAAUUGACCCCAUGCAUAAACUAGUGUCCUCUAUUCCUGAUAUUCAAUAUUCUACCCAUCUCCCUGCCUAUUUGUCCUAUUAUUUUCAUUAACAUUCUGAUUUCUCUCUCCAUGUACAGAACAUCUCCCCGGGCUAUACCACGUACGGCUCCCACAUGGGGAUGCAGCCGCACCCCUCCCAGGCGGGUGGUGUAGUCCCUCCGUCGUACGGGAACCAGGGUUUCCAGGGCAGCCACCCGGGGGCCAACCCGGCCGUGGUGGACUCCCUGAGGCAGAUGGGCCAGAGGCCCAGCGGCUACGUUCACCAGCAGGCACCGGGCUACUCGCACACCAUGCAAAACACACAGAGGUGGGCAGGAGGGAAGUCUACUGUCCAUUAUCAAGGAUAUUUUGGCUGCUUUUGGCUCAUAUUGUGUAGGGCUGUGACGAUACCAGUAUCGCAAUAUGAAAACACGAAGCAGAGCAAACUCUUUGGUCCUGGGGCGGCAGGUAGCGUAGCGGUUAAGUGUAGGGCCAGUAACCGAAAGGUUACUGGUUCGAAUCCCUGAGCCGACUAGGGUGAAAAAUCUAUCAGUGCCCUUGAGCAAAGCACUUAACCAUAAUUGCUCCUGUAAGUCGCUCUGGAUAAGAGCGUCGGCUAAAUGACUAAAAUGACAAUAUAAAAACCAGCUCUAUGUAAAAUAUUGUGUGCUAUAGCUUGGAAAAUGAAUAAAUGUGACUCUGGAAGACAACAUAAUGAUUUUUGUUUCCAACAUUAGGGCUGUUUUCAUAAAGAAGUUAAAUCCGUUUCGUGUUUUGUUUCCUUGCCACGAUACUAACAAGUAUCACGAUACUGGUAUCAUCCCUCCCCUAAUAUUGUGUUCAUGGAGUGCCUUUUUUCACUCCUUUUUCUUGCACAUAUCAAGGCUUUAUGUCACAUUUAGCAUCACUGCCUAGUAUCUGGAGACAGCGUUAUCCCACCCCAUGAACUGCACUCUGAUUUUCUUUGACGUGAAUGCAAAUAUUUGACAGUGCAGUCACAGAACCCUUUUUUGUUUCAUGCUGUAGUAAUGAGCAACAGUGACCUUAUUCAAGAAAAAGUGGUGUAUUUGUGAAACAAUGAUGAUGUACUGAUCCUCUGAACGUGUCUCUCUUCCACCAUCUCCAGGUUUCCCCACCAGUCCAUCCAUCAGGCUCCCGUCAUGCAGGGCCUGAGCCACAUGGGAGCGCAGGGGGUCCACCCGGGCAUGAGACCAAACCAGAUGCUGGCCGAGCAGCAACAAGCACAGCAGCAGUACCUCAGACAGCAGGCACUCAGAGUAUGCUUUGUCUAUUUACUAGGUCUUCUACUAGCAAUAUCUAACACUACAGACCAACAUGGAACAGUGGAUUGAUUCUAUUUUAACUACACAUGUACUGCUAUUGCCACUCACUGUGCUCUAUAUCUACACAUAAUCACUUCCACAAUUAUUCAAUGCUCUAUGGUCUAGCACAGGGGUGGACAAACUUUUUUUCUCUCGGGCCACAUUGGGAUUUCUAAAUUCAACAGAGGGCCCGCACAUAUAUCAUUUUUUGUAUAAUUAUUUUCAGCGGGCCAGAAAAAGGGAAGUUAUUUGAAAAAAUAUAUUUAACCCAAAAGAAUCAACCCAAAUAACAUCCUGUAGGCCGGAUUGAAUGGGCUCGCGGGACCCGCGGGCUGUAGUUUGCCCACCUGUGCUCUAGCAUGACGUACUGAGUGUAAGGAUUCCUGUAUAGUUGUACUAUGGUGUAACCCUGCUCUGUUCGUGGAUUUGUCCCUGUCCCCUAUAGGCUCAGCAGCAAGCUCAACAGCAACAGCAACAGCAACAACAGGUUCAACAACAGCAAGUUCAACAACAACAGGUCCAGCCCCAACAAGUUCAGCAGCAGCAGCAGCAGCAACAACAACAACAACAACAACAGCAGCAGCAGCAGCAGGUAGCGUCGGCCCAGCCCCCCGGUGCCCAGGCUCAGAACCAGGCCCUGGGCAUGCAGCCCCUGCCCCCACAGCAGCCCAUGGUACGUCCCACUUAG